AUGAGCUAUGGCACGAAAAAAGUCUUCCCUAUAGACUCGAAGGCUACAAUCACAUGCGCCAUGGAAUGGGGUGUAUACAAUGAGCCAGCAGCAAUUGAGAAAUAUAAAACCAUAACAAAUCGUGAAGUAACUUCAUUGGGAUUUGCAACGCAUUCGGAUGACAACUACAAUUGGAUUGGGGCAUCCCCAGAUGGGCUUCUUGGGGUUGCCCCUAAUUUAGGGAUUCUUGAAGUCAAGUGUCCGUUUAAUAAAGGGAAACCGGAGUUAGCUUUACCUUGGACGAAAAUGCCCUUUUAUUAUAUGCCUCAAAUUCAAGGUCAAAUGGAAGUUAUGGAUAGAGAUUGGGUCGAUUUGUAUUGUUGGACACCAAAUGGGAGUACGAUAUUUCGUGUUUGUAGGAAUCAAGAAUAUUGGAUUUUGAUUCGUGGGAUUUUACGGGAAUUUUGGUGGGAACAUGUGGUCCCCGCUAGAGAAGUUUUGGUUAUGGGAAAUGUGGAGGAAGUUAAGAAAUUUAAACCAAUGUCGAUACAUAAAGAAACGGGAUUUGUGAUCCAUAAGAGCAUAGAGUUGGCAAAUGAAUCGAAGCUUUUAUGUCGAGAAAUUGCAGGACAUGUUGAGUUUUUCAGAUAA